UCCUGUCCUACUGGAAACUUCCUGCUCCAGCUCGACAGGGCGUUUUCCUCCCUUCGAUUUCUUGACGCCUCAGUCAAUCGCGCGGCCGAGAUGCCGUCUGAAUAGCAGCAGCGAGCUUGAGGUUAUGGCGGACCAGUGGAGGGAAUUUGUGGGGAGAACAAGGAGCAAGAUUGGAAGCAGUACUGACAACCGAAGCUAUAGCAGAGCCGGUAGCUGUAUCAGGAGCCAGCUGAGUGGUGAGUGGUGUCAGGAGCGCUCCGAAGGUAAUAGUGUGUCGCCGAAUGGUAAUAUGCCUGUUGAUGCGGAUUUCCGUAGCUGUGCGCGACAAUGCGAAGACACGUACCGUAACACUCGCGCCUAUCAGUUUGACCAUGCGGAUGACUAUAGCGAGGAUAGCAGCAUCUCCGACGGAUACGACGAUGGCGAAGAUGUCGAAGAUGACGACGAUGACGAUAUCGGAGGGUCUUCUAACGAGGAAACGGAUCUCGAGGAUCUCUACAGGGCGUGGCUCAGCAGCCCGCUGCCCUCCUCCUGGCGCACGCGCCCGCUCAAGCGCGAAAUUUCCGCCGAUUCCGCUCCCCCGGCGGAACAUCGGGGGAAUUUUACAGUCGCGGAGCGGGUUGAAUCCGCUCCCCUGGCUGCAAUUCGACCCGCAACCGCUCCCCUACCGCCAAACCUAGCUUCCGCUUCCGCUUCCGCCUCCCCCCGCGCCCUUCCCCGUCCGCCUCGACCCCCCGCCUCCGCCUCUCUCCCCCCCUGUGGGGAAAGCAGUGCCAAACGAAACCAAUCACCUCCAGCGCCCCCUUUAAUAUCACAAUUCUCUUCACGAACCGAGCAGCCGGUUCUCCCCGCGUUUCUAGAGCCUACAGACUGGGAGCUCGUCCUUCGGAGCGCUACUGACACCACUCACAGCACUGCUCCUAAACCGCAUUAUGUGGCUUCUAAUUCAGACUGUAGACUCCCCGAGGGAAGGGCAGCCGAGGAAUGGAGCCGGCGUGGUAGCGGAAGGGAAGAGGGGGGUCGCGACUGGAGUCCGGCGACUGAAUCAACAGCUGAAGGACGCAGCAGGCCAGGAGGGGGGAGAGGUGAGGGAGGCUGGGACUGGAGCCUGGGUAAGGAAAUGACUGAUGGGGGGCGGGUCGCUGCCAGGGAAGGCGCUAUCUCACACAGGAGGUUGGAUGUGCCUUGGGUCGGAGUCAGGCCAGACUGGGAGUUAGCUGGCGGAUGGGAUGGGGAGGAGUGGGCUCUUGCCAAGGGAAGGGAGGAGGAAGGGAGGAGUUGGGGUCAUGGGGCAGCCCCCUCUGCCUUUGAGUGUGCUCGAGGGUUAUGGGGCCAGCAGGGGGCCAUGCCUGUUAAUGGGAUGAUUAUGGAGGGUGGUGGGAUGGUUAGGGAACAAUCGGAAUGUGUGCUAGUUAGGCGUGACACUAGCGAGUGGCAGGUGGUGGAGAGAGAGGUGGAGGGAGGAGAGACUUGGAGGGUCGGAGCAGAUGCACUGCAGGAAGUGAGCUGGGCAGAUCGGCUCAGCGCAGCGGAAUCAGGUGGUGACUGCGCUGUUGGCUGCGUGGAUUCUCUGCAAGCCAGGACUUGUCAGCACGCGUCAGACCAGCCUUUAAGAACCUUCACGAACUCUCCUUCGCCCGAGGCGUUUCUCCACUCUCCUAUCCAUCAUCUUAGCUUUCCUCAUCUCAUCUUUCCUCCUGCUCAUCAACGAGCUCGUUUUCCCUUCCGUCCACCUCCUCGUCCUCCUCCUCAUGCUUCUUCUGCUUCUACGGCCUCCUCCUCUCCUGCUGCUGCUGCUGCUGCUGCUGCUGCUGCUGCUGCUGCUGCUGCUGCUGCUCUUCCUCCUCUUUCUGCUGCUGGUGCGGAAGGUGACAAUGGCUGUGGGUGCAGCAGAACAAAUGCAGCAGGCAACAGUAGGCGCAAUGGCAGGGACACUUGUUGCUGCAGGGGAGUGCAGCUGCCUGUGUGGGUGCUCUCUCUGACCGCUCUGCUCGCCUGUGCUGCUGCCAGGCACUUGCUCGUGCAAAGGCAGCAGCUGCAGCAGCUUAGGAAGGACAGGGACCAGUGGAGGGGCGGAUAUUUGAGGAUAAAGCAAGCUCUGGUGCUUGCAAGAGGAGGGAAUGUGCGUUUUUGCACAUAGCAUACGAAUAUUGGUGCAAUCCUAGCUGCUCUGCUCGCCUGUGCUGCUGCCAGGCACUUGCUCGUGCAAAGGCAGCAGCUGCUGCUGCUUAGGAAGGACAGGGACCAGUGGAAGGGCGGGUAUUUGAGGAUGAAGCAAGCUCUGGUGUUUGGGAGAGGGGGGAAUGUGUUUUUAUUCGCGUAGUAUAAGAGUAGAGGACUGGUGGUGGUGCUCUGGUUGCCUGUACCGUUGUCUGCCAGUCCAUUCUGGUGGAAAGGAAGCAGCUGCUGCAGCUUAGGAUGGACAGAGACUAGUGGAGGGGUGGCUAUUUUGAGAAUUACCAGUGGGGAAGCUGUGAUUCUUGCGAAUGCUGAGUUGUUGCUGCUCUGAUUUGAUAGCGUGACAAGGAACACAUU